GAUAAAUUUCAAAUUAGAAGACAGCAAUGCUAUAGCUUCCAUCGGGUUCACUACACAAGGUAUAGAGUUUGCAGAGUCCCCCACUUCCGUUACACUAAGGAGGUCAGAUAGCCUAUAUUGGCCAUGCUCAGCCAAACCUAGCCCAGGGGAACCAGAUCAAUCAUUCACCUAUAGUUGGGCAUACUACAAUGCUUCUGGUAUCGCUGACAGUGUUCAACCUUCAACAUACUCCAAUGGCACGCUAUAUGUGGAGAGUAUGUCCAGUGAUUUUGCAGGAAGGUACAAAUGUUCAGCUAGCGGAGUUACAACUGGAGAUGUGAUCAAAACAGACUUGGUUACACUUGGAUAUAUUGAUGAUGCAUUCAUAACUAGUCCUAUCUCAGCCACAAUUGCUCCUAGUACCACAGACUAUGCAUUCUUCUGCUCUGUUGCAUCCUACCCCGCUGCCACCAUAGAGUGGAGAUAUGAUGACAAGCCAAUAAAUGAUAGAGAUAGUGAUUGGGCAACCAUCAACACCAGCGAGGAUGAACUUGUUGUGUCUACAACAUUGGUUUUAAAAUAUCCCACUCAUGCUAGAUGGGGUGAAUACAGGUGUUCUGCGACUAAUGACUACUUGCAGGUGCCUUUGCUUAGUGACAUUGCUGAACUCAAGAUUUCAGGUAGCCCAGGAUUCAAGAUCUCUCCACAGACAAGUGACGUAAAUGAAGGCAGCACAGCAAUGUUCAGAUGUGUAGGGAAAGGUAUGACAGAACCUGACCAAUACUGGGCCUUCAAACCUGACGGCAGUGCCACAUACAGUGAGAUAUAUCCCAACGACCCCAAUAAUAUGACGUAUCUAUAUGUGCACAAUGUAACAUCUGAUGAUGUUGGGUCCUAUAGAUGCAGUAUAAACAACACAGAUGGAGAGAGAAAUGCUGAAGCUAAUCUUACGCUAGUGGCCUAUGCACCUGUCCUUGAAGAUCCAAUAGUGAACCAGUUUGCCAAUCUUAGAGAUGCAAUCACAUUGACUUGUUCUAUAAGAGGGGCACCAUUGCCAGAAGCUGUGGUCUGGAGUAAGGUGAAUGGAGAUCUUCCAGACGAGAGCAGUACAGUCAUCAAGAGUCAGUUCAAUUGGCCUGAUAGGGUGAUCGGCACAUUGAAGAUAAACUAUGUUAUGGAGGAAGACCAAGGCAUAUACACAUGCUCUUCAAGCAAUUCAGAGGGCUCUUUCACUGAAAAUGUCACCCUUUCAGUAUAUGAAACACCUGUGUUCAGUACAGCCCCAGGCAAUCCUGUUGUUCAGAAUGGUGAUGAAGUGAACCUGCCCUGUAGACCAACUGGAAACCCAGCCCCAAAAACUCAGUGGAGACUUAAAGAUGGAGGUUUUAUGGACUUGGGGAGUGAGACUGACCAUUACCAAGUUUUUUACAAUGGGACUCUGCGCAUUAAGAAAGCAUCUCCUAACACACAUGGGGGAUAUGUAUGUUUCGCAGACAAUGAGAAGACAGAGAGGCAGGGAUACAUAUCAAAGGUUUUUGUAAAUUACGCACCUGUAUUUGAUGAUAACCAACCAAGCAAGUUAUAUCCCCACCAAGACCAGGAUGCAUUUGUAUCAUGUAAUGUAAAAAGUCAUCCCAACCCAACAAUCAGAUGGUACCGUGGAGAAUCUAAAUUGGGGCCUCUAGGUUCACCUGAUUAUCAAGUGUUCCCCAAUGGCACACUCAAGAUCUUUAACAUUCAGCCCCGCGAUGAUGCUCCAUAUUAUUGUGAUGCACAGAAUAGAGAAGGUGAAGCCGAGAGACGUGUAGAUGUAGAGGUUCGAGCUCCACCUAAGAUCAUAUUUAGUCCAAUAAGUCAGAUGGUUGAUGAUGGUGGAAUAGCCUUUUUAAAGUGUGAUGUUGCUGGACGACCGAAGCCUUCCAUAAAGUGGCUCUUCCAGGAUGCAGACUUACCCAGAGAAUUGGGUAAACUAUCUUCAAAUAUGGAGCUUUCCUCAGGUGACCUUACAAGUAGUUUGAGUGUGUCAAAUAUACGCCAAGAACAGUUAGGAAAGUACACAUGUGUAGCUAGUAACAAUGCAGGAACAGUUACUGCCAGUGCUAUUGUCCACACUCAGGAUUUCCCUCGAUUUGUUGUGAAACCUGAGGAUGUCAAAGUUGACUAUGGUAAUGCUGCCAGACUCUAUUGUAAUGGGACUGUCCACAUAAACGGCACAAUUCUAGCUGUUGAUUGGUUCAGAGACAAUGGUGAUUGGACAUACACACCUCAACCAGAUAACUCCAGUGUAGGAGAUGUGAAGCUAGCUGAUGGCAGCCUCAAACUAUCUAGUGUAGACUUUGGAGAUAGAGGGCGCUAUGUGUGCAGGCUCAGUACAAAUGCUGCAAGUAUCAAUGCAUCAGCCUAUCUGCAGGUUAAUGGUAAACCCAUACUGGAUAGUUUAACCAAUGAGGUAGAAUAUGCCGGGAAUGAGAUACAACUAGCAUGUCCCUCCACUGGUGACCCUUACCCCACAACCACCUGGACUGCACCCACAGGCUAUGAAGUGAUGAACAAUAACCCUCACUAUCGCCAGAUUGGGGAUAAUCUGCUCAUACAUGCCCUUUCUGUUGAGAGAGACUUUGGAAGGUGGACUUGUAAGAAAUGUAAUUCAUACGGGUGUGCUGAAGAUACAUUGAUGAUGACUAUAGUUGGAAAGCCCAAUAUUACACACAGUGUAGGUAGAGACAUUAACCCUGUGAAUGAAUCGUCACGUCGUGUAGCUAGAGAUGUAAACCCUGUGAAUGAAUCGUCAUAUCUUGCAAUCUCAUGCCCAGCUGUUGGCUUCCCUUCUCCUUCAUUUGAUUUCUGGGCUAAGGACCUAACAGGGGAGGACUAUUCAUGGAUACACCCAAAAUACCCUCCAGCUGACCAUGAAAUCAUCACUACAGAGACUCCACCACAACUGAGAAUAUUUGGAGGGAAUAAGCGCGAUGGUUACAAGUGUGUGGCCAAGAACAUGUAUGGCAGUGAUAUCUGGGAUUUGACAGCACCUAGGGCCAUUGCCCAGCCACUUCCCUAUACUAGUACCCCAAACACAGCUACAGUUGAUUGGGUGGAUCCAAGAGAGAAAAAUCUUCCUAUUAAACAUUACAACCUCAACUACAGACAAGGUGAUGGUACUUGGAAUUCAUUGAAUGAGAAUGUACAGAGUCUUCCUCACACUAUAGACAACCUGCAACCUUACACCCAGUAUGAGUACAUGGUCCAGCCAGUUAAUGCACUAGGGACUGGUUCCUUCUACCAUGGCUCAAAGGUCACUACUGAAGCUAUAGCACCCUCUAUCCCUCGCAACAUGGAAUGUGUGAUAGCUGACAAUGAUGGGAACAUUACAUGGAAUGCACCUGCAGAACUGAAUGGAAAUCCAGCUGAUAUCAUCUAUGAAGUGAAAUACAAUGAUGAGAAUGUUCAGAAUCCUACUUAUAAAUCAAAAACUACUAAGGAUAGGUCCAUAAGACUUGAUGACGUGGAACACAAACACAAUUACACUGUGAAAGUAAGGGCAGGCAACAGAGAUAUUGGUGAAUGGGGGCCAUACACCACAGCUUGCAAUCUAUUAGCUGUUCCUAUAGUGCCCAGAUGCGCCCCUACCCUCAAGGAGGCCAAAGUUAUGGGAGCACAUGAUGUUAAACUAACUUGGGAGGACAAAUGCAACACGUUUAAAGAUGGCUAUCGUGUAUGUUCCAAAGAAUCAGUAGAUACCAAGGACUGGCAGUGUACAAAUUACAGCAACCCUCAACAGCGUUCUCAGCUUGUGACAGGUCUUGAUGAGAGCACAGAAAAUAGCUUUGUAGUUGCAGCUCUGAAUGAUGCAGGCCAUGGGCCAUAUUCCAAUGAGCUUCAGGCAAAAACUGCUUAUGAGUUGUAUACAUGGAUGGGUGAUGGUUACUGGACGGGUGGUAGGAUUGCUGGUCUGGUGAUAGGCCUAGUGGCAGCGCUGUUCCUCAUCCUGCUAUUGCUGUUCUGUUGCUGUAAUAGAGGAGGAGGACCCAAGGUUGAGAAACGUGGUGGACUUAACAUUGAUGGUGACGUUGAUGGGGAUGUAGAAGCAGGUGUAGAUGGGGAUGUAGCAGUCAAGUCUGGAGGUUUCUGCAGCUGCUGUGUGUGUUGUAAGCCUAAAGAUCAGGGUGUAAGAGUGGACAGGUCAGGGGAAGUGAACCUAGCUAUGGAUGAUAUUGAUGCUGAUGCCAACGCGAAUGUCAAGGUGGAGGGAGAUGUGAAAGCCCCCAGGGUGAGAGUACAGAAUGAAUAUGCAGUCCCCAAUGUGAAGGUUGGAGAGAGGGCCAUAGAUGUAGACCUUAAUGCUGGUGAUGUGAAGGUCAAAGGACCAGAUGUGGAUGUUGGUGAUAUUAACAUUCAGAAAGAGGCUGAUAUUAAAUUAAACAAACCAAACAUUGAUGUUGACUAUGAUUAUGAUGUCAAAGCACCA